AUGGUGGGCGUGUUUCACAGACACACCCAUAAUCAUAAGUGCCAGCUAGACUGGCAUCCCAUGUACAUUCCAGGAACCGGACACACCGAGGGUGAAGGGUGUGAACAUGUGUUCUCAUCAUCAAACGAGCUUGCUCGUAGUACGAGACAUGCAAGUCCAUUCCACCGGCGUCAGACUAUCGAAGAACAUUUCUCAUUCUGGGACACUGACAAGUACGCCACCCUCAGCAAUUUCAUUUGGAACCAUUAUCGCGAGGCGCUAAACUCUAUUCAGACGCUCACUGCUGAGCUAGCUGUCAUCAAAGCUGAGCUAUGUCUUACUGACGAAGAUCUUUCUCAAUUUCUCAAAGAUGAACGUGACUACCUUGAUGGAUUGAAGCUGCCACCAGUCAGAGACCAACUCUGCAUACACUAUGUUGAAGUUCUCAACAAGCUCGCUCAACGACAUGCUGAUUGGGAUGUGGCUCGGGAAGUCGGCAAUAACACCCUGACUAGCAUUCCCACAGGUAGUUUAGAGGAGAUAAACAAUGCCCUUGUCCAAGCCCGGAUUCGUGUGGACUCUUCCUAUGCGAAGUUACAGCACGGUGAAGGGCUUGUCGCACAUAUCGAGACUCAAUUGGCUGUGGACCAGCGGUGGGAGAUUGGUGGGCCAGAGUACCGACAUUUUAAGGAGGAGGCAUCCCUGGGUAAGUACUGCACUGCCCUAGACAAGCUCGAGCGUCUCGUGGUGAUGAGGCUAUUUGAACUCUCC